AUGAAAGUAAAAUUGGCGUCAUUCUGUUUAAUUAAAAUUUUUACACUUACCGCUGUAGUAUGGAUACAUCAAAGUUUAUAUGAGACUGUUACUUUUGGUAAAUCAUGGGAGAAAAUAAUGUGCCAAGACAGUAGGCCAGAGUCACCAGUUAUUAGGUCAUUAGGUGGGAGAACAGAGUCAUAUAGACAUGAAAGGGAUCCCCAUUUAAAAGAUAUAAAUUUUAAUAUGUUAAAAGAUGCGGGUAACCAUGUAAGAAGAGAAAAUAACAUGAGAAAUAGAAAGAACCACCUAGAGGAAUCAUAUGAUCCAAGAUAUCGCGACAGAUACGAAAAAUCCGCGGAUAAAUUUAAACAAGGUGAUAAUUAUGAAAAAAAAAGCUAUGGAGGGAAACGUAAUAGAAAAUCAAAAGAAAAUUAUUGUAGGGAAAAAGCUGAUAGUUAUCUAAAAGAACCUGACGACGGCUAUUAUAGAAAAGAAGACGCCGAUUUUGGUAGUAGAGGUUGCAAUAAUAGAAAAUCCUCAAAUGAUAAUUGUCGUGAACCAAAAUGUGAUGUCGAAAAAUAUGAUAAAAAUUCAGGAAUGGAAAACAUUGAUAAUACCAAAUGUCUGAGGGAGUUGGAAUACUACGAUUAUAGCAAAGUAAAGAAGUGCUUAUCAGAAAAAGCAGUAAAUAUAUUUAAGAAAAUGGAUGCACAAUUUCAAAUGGAAUUGUUACGUUUUAUAAAAAAUAAAAACAAUGUUACAGAAAUCGAAUUUUUAGAAUUUAGGAGUAAAAAAGAAAGAUAUUUAUAUUACCUUAAGAGGAAUAAAGUGUUUUUACCGCUUAUUGCACAAACAAUUUUUUUUCUGCUCUUUUUAAUUUUGGCUUAUACAACGAAUCCUAGUGUAAGUACGGCAAUGGGUAUAAUCUGUAUUAUUGCGGGUGAAAUGCUAUUGGCUUUGUCAUAUUAUUAUUUUAAAAAAUACUUGAGUGUAAGAAAAAUUCAUAAAACAUACAAAAAAAUUGGACCCAAGGUAAUGAAAUGA